UGGUGGCGGCGUAACGAUCUGCGAUCGACUACCAGGUCCGUAAGGCCCGCCCCGCCAUGCCGGCUUCGUGAGCCCCGGCAAGCGAGACCUUUGCCAAAAGGGGCGAAUACACUUCGGAUCGAGGGAAAAGAGUGGGGAAGGGCCGGGGCUGCAUCACCGCCAGGGCCCGCGCCAUGAAUGUUCCUCUGGGGGAUCGACGACGCAGUGAGGGGGAAGGGGAGGGGUAACAGUACCCUGAGAAGAGUCUGGAGGCGGGCGGGUGCCUCGUAUGCCGGUUACCAUGUCGGUCAACAAUGUGCCCCUCCUCGACUGGAAUCAAAUCUCAAUGCAAUGCAUCAUAUGGGUGGCGCGCCGACCAUGGCGCGGCAGAGCACCUCCAACGCGCCCAUUUUGCAACAUUUCGGCGUCAAGCGAGCAUGUCCGAGGUGCCUGCCUCCCGGAAAGCGUGCUCGGGAAAAGGAGCGGCCAGUUGCCCCUAGAAACUGUAUAGUGAAACAGAAAAUUCAUGUCCUGGGCUUGGCCCACGGGGAAGCGGGGCGCCUCUCUGGGAGGGGCUGGGCCGGGGGAGCGCCAUCCUCCUGUGAGGAGCGUCCCUCCCUGUCUGUCCCGAAUGCUAAAUCCAGCUUGGCAAAUUCACUCGGUCUUAACGGGACCCACUCUCGGGCCCUUAUUUGACGACGUCGAACGUGCCCUGGCGUGCCUCGAGUGCCGGUGGAGGAUGGAG